GUGUAGGAUUGCGAGACACCCACCAGCCAGCGACAGCUCUCGGGUGCGUCUGGGGUUGCUAUUAACUUAAGGCGCUAUUUGUCACCUAAAUUCCACAACGACUUUGGGUAACAAUGACGACGUCGGGGUCGCUGGAUCGGGUUGAACUCUGUGACAGCCUUCUGACAUGGGUUCAAACAUUUGGUGUGGAGGCUCCGUGCAAGACGGUGGAUGACUUGACGAGUGGUAUCGUCAUGGCUCAAGCCCUACAGAAAAUAGAUUUAGUGUAUUUCAGUGAUGCAUGGAUUAGUAGAAUCAAGCCAGAGGUUGGGGACAAUUGGAGGUUGAAGGUCAGCAAUCUAAAAAAGAUCCUCAAGGGCAUCCUAGACUAUAAUCAGGAGAUUCUUGGCCAACACAUAAAUGACUUCACACUUCCUGAUAUCAACCUUAUUGGGGAACAUUCUGAUACAGCAGAACUUGGGAGGAUGCUGCAGCUCAUUCUGGGCUGUGCGGUCAACUGUGAACAGAAACAAGAAUACAUCCAAACCAUCAUGAUGAUGGAGGAGUCGGUCCAGCAUGUCGUCAUGACAGCCAUUCAGGAGCUGAUGAGUAAAGAAACACCAGUGAUAGGAGGUAAUGACUCCUAUGUGGAUCUGGACAGACAGCUGAAGAAGACUGCUGAGGAGCUAAACGAAGCUUUGGCCACAAAGGAGGAGAUCGCCCAAAGGUGUCGUGAGCUUGACAUGCAGGUUGCAGCCCUGCAAGAGGAGAAAAGCAGUUUGCUAGCUGAAAACCAGGUUUUGAUGGAGAGACUCAACCAGUCGGACUCCAUCGAGGACAUAAACAGCCCGGCUGGCCGCAGACACCUCCAGCUGCAGACACAACUGGAGCAACUACAGGAAGAAAGCUUCAGGUUGGAAGCUGCAAAAGACGACUACCGAAUACGUUGCGAGGAGCUCGAAAAAGAACUGUUGGAUGUCAAGUCACAAAUUGAGGAUCUCACAUCUUUGGCGGAUGAAGCCCAGUCUCUAAAGGAUGAAAUUGAUGUCCUCAGGCAUUCAUCCGACAAGGUGUCAAAGCUUGAAGGAACAGUAGAUCACUACAAGAAGAAAUUGGAGGACAUGGGACUUCUCAGAAGACAGAGUAAGCUCUUGGAGGAGAAAAACACCGUAUUAAUGGAGACCAACAUUAGUUUGGAAGAAGAGAUAAGAAAAGCUAAUUCUACUAAGGGACAGCUGGAGACCUAUAAGAGACAGGUGGUUGAACUUCAGAACAGACUGUCCGAAGAAUCGAAAAAGGCAGACAAGAACGAGUUUGAGUACAAACGAGUCAAAGAGAAAGUAGACUCUCUACAAAAAGAAAAAGAUCGAAUGCGAACAGAGAGAGACUCUUUGAAGGAGACCAUCGAUGAGCUGCAUUGUGUCCAAGCUCAGGCGGGACAGCUUACAUCAGGUCUACUCCCUGAACUAAGCAGCACUGAUUCGCUGGCAGCUGAGAUAACAACGCCUGAGAUAAGGGAGCAUUUAAUUCGUCUUCAGCACGAGAACAAAAUGCUGAAACUGGCCCAAGAGGGAUCGGAUAACGAAAAAAUUGCACUGCUGCAGAGUCUACUGGAGGAUGCCAAUCGAAGGAAAAGUGAACUGGAGACAGAAAACAGGUUAACCAAUCAGCGCUUGAUGGAGGAGCAGAGCCAAAUAGAAGAACUACAGAAGACGCUUCAAGAACAAGGCUCUAAAGCAGAUGAUUCCUCCAGUUUGAAGAAGAAGUACGAGGAGCACAUGGAGAAAGUACGACAGUUGAACAAUGAGUUACUGAAGAAGAACGCCUUUAUCGAUGAGAUGGAACCCAAAUACACUGCAAACUCUCAACGAGUGGACGAGCUGGAAGACGCCUUGAAAAAGAAAGAUGACGAGAUGAAACAGAUGGAGGAGAGAUAUAAAAAAUACUUGGAGAAAGCCAAGAGUGUGAUUCGCACCUUGGAUCCGAAGCAGAACCAGGGAUCUGGUCCAGAAGUUCAGGUCUUGAAGAACCAACUGCAGGAGAAAGAGCGAAUGUUACAUUCCUUGGAGAAAGAGAUGGACAAGACAAAAGGCCAGAGGGACAAUGAGGAGAAACUAAUUGUGUCAGCUUGGUACAAUAUGGGAAUGACGUUCCAGAAGAAGGCGGCUGAGGAUCGACUUGCCAAAACAAAUUCCAGUCAGUCCUUCCUGGCCCGGCAGAGACAAGCCACCAGUUCACGUCGCACGUACCCAGGCCACGUGCAGCCAGCUACCGCAAGGUAGAGAGGCAGAAAACAUGCAACAGCCAAACGACCUUUCAAAUCCUUCUUUUCCCUCAAUGCAGUACCUUUAUGUGCCCAUCAGGCAUAUAUAUAUUCCCAUUGAUUUGAACUUCUAUUGAUUUUCUUUCUUUCCACCCUUCUUCUUGGUCAGAUCUGCAAGGUAGAGAUGCCAGACAAGACUUGCACCACUUUUAUUUCCACUCAAACAUUUUUGAACCCGACUCAAUCAUGAUGGCAGACCACUUCUUGUAGUUUAACAGUCUGACUAAUAAUAGCCUCAAACACUCAACUUCUGACCCUUCUGGGAGAUGAAUCAAUUCCCUGAUUUACCUUUUUCGUGCAUAAAUAUCUUGUUCCAGUAUUAUGUUAACCUCUUAGUUUACUUUGUCAUAUACAGCACAAUCUCCUAAGUCAUACAAGUGGAUAAAUGGGUUAACUGUGUGCAUGAUUUUCAACAAUUGAUUGCUCAAUAUAGCAUCUGUUUGCUAAAACAAAUGUGCAUUUUAAUGGACAUUUAGUUAAUUGUAUUGUUCUUAUUGUACAUGUCUGGUUCUAUGUUUAUAAGUACAUUUUUUUUUCAAAUUCACUGCACAUCAAGGGUGUCCAAACUAAUUGCACUAAAAGCUGCAUACUGAAAAGUUGAAGCAUGCGUGGGGAAUGUGGAUGAUAAAAACAAACAUUAUCAGGCAUGUGAGCGUCCUUUAAGAACAAAAAGAAGAACAUUUCGACACAAAGUGUUGCCACUCAGGCCCCGCAAGAACAUUUUAAAAAUCAAGACUACAUUUCCUGCAAUUCGGUGCAUUUCUGAACUAUAUUUUACCUUUAGAUUUAUUCUCAUCUACCAACCUCUUUUUGGCUGUCUUUUUGGCACUUACAUGUACCAUAUUUAGUGUUUUUCUACUUUAUUUUCAUUGAAAAUGUAAUGUAAAUUAAAUAACAUGCAUGCAAAAAACUCAGAAAACAUUUCACUUUUGGCAACUCUAUCCUGUAGCCACGCCCCCUCAGGUAAUAUACUUCAGGUGUUGUGACCUCUGUUACGUCAAAAACAUACUUUCUCACUGGCUACUAGUAAAUGUAGUAAUGCAAAUGUAACCACAACUGGUUCGGAAUUAAUAGUGUUCGGAUUGUAAUCAUCCAAAUAUGAUUAGCAGCAAAGUAGACGUACGUCAACGUUGUGGCUUGGAAAAAGAAAAAAGUAAGCUAGCUGGAUGAUGCUAACUAUGGUAACUUGCGAGCUUGUUUCGGCGCCCUGUCCUGCAAUGCAGUGCGGCGUUUAGACAAGAGGAACAGCGAGUACCUGCGGCUGAGGCGAGUGUUCAACAUAUUUUUUUAAAGAUCCCAUUCUCUAAAUAUCGUAGCAGGUUUACAUAAUUCACCCACGAAAGGUUUGUUUUAAUAUUUCAUUAAAAAAAAACGCAGAAGUGAUAUUUUGACGUGAAAAUAAUGUUUUAAAACAUGAAUUUACACGUUUUUUGCAGAUAUUUCACAUGCCUGUGUUAUUUAUAUUUCAAGGCAGAACAAGCUUUGUGGUGUAGGUCAUUAUUACUUAUUAUUACUGCACUUUUUUCUUGCAUUUUUACUGUUGAUUUUUUUUGUUCGAUUUAAUUAUGACCACAUACUCUAUCUGCGGAAUGCAAAAUGGCCCCGGGGCCACACUUUGGAAAGCUCUGCUGUACAACUUUCUAUGAUGACAUCAAAAAAAGGCCAAGAUUGUCUGACUCUGACAAUUGAGACAUUUCUUUUUCUGCCAAAAACUGUGACACUUGUGUGACUUUAGAGGUUCCACUGUAAUCCGGAUGCAAUACCGUAUUUUCCGCACUAUAAGGCGCACCGGAUUAUUAGCCGCACCUUCUAUGAAUUACAUAUUUCAUAAUUUUGUCCACCAAUAAGCCGCCCCGGACUAUAAGCCGCGCCUACGCUGCGCUAAAGUGAAUGUCAAAAAAACGCUGCGCUAAAGUGAAUGUCAAAAAAACAGUCAGAUAGUUCAGUCAAACUUUAAUAAUAUAUUGAAAACCAGCGUUCUAACAACUCUGUCCCAAAAUGUACGCAAAUGUGCAAUCACAAACAUAGUAAAAUUCAAAAUGGUGUAGAGCAAUAGUAACAUAAUGUUGCUCGAACGUUAAUGUCACAACACACAAAAUAAACAUAGCGCUCACCUUCUGAAGUUAUUCUUCAUUCGUAAAUCCUUCGAAUUCUUCGUCUUCGGUGUCCGAAUUGAAAAGUUGCGCAAGCGUGGUAUCCAAAAUGGCCGGUUCCGUCUCGUCGAAGUCAUCGGGAGUCAGUGUCGCUGUUGUUCUGUGAAUCCUGCCUUCCGGAAAGCUCGGACCACAGUUGUGACCGAAAUAUCUGCCCAGGCAUUUACGAUCCACUGGCAAAUGUUGGCGUAUGUCGUCCGGAGCUGUCUGCCCGUCUUAGUGAAGGUGUGU